UUUUUGGGAGGCAGACAGCGGCACCGCGCGGUUUUUAAGCGGACGGGGGGAGCGCCAGAGAGCCAGUCAGUUUAUCAGUAGCCACGCGUGAGGUUGUACGCCGCUCUCUCUCCCGCACCGCUCUCUUCGUCUACAAUGUUCGGCUGGGGAUACGCCAAGGCUAAUGGGCCCGAGGUUUGGCCUACUCUCUUUCCCGUGGCGGCCGGGCAGAAGCAGUCCCCCAUUGAUAUCAAGAAGACUGGCUGCAACACGGACGCCGCCCUCACCAAGGUCCGCGUCUCCUACUCUGACAUAAGGAUCUCCGAACUCUCCAACAGCGGCUACUCCUGGAAGGCCCAAGUCGGGAGUGGGACGUCGAGCCUCCGCGGGGGACCUCUGGGUGAUGACGAGUACGUUCUUGAGCAGUUCCACAGCCACUGGGGCAAGACCAACGACACGGGCUCCGAACACACUGUGGACGGCACCCGCUACGCCGCCGAGCUUCACCUGGUGCACUGGAACAAGAGCAAAUUCCCGAGCUUCGCCCAGGCUGCCGCCGCCGAGGGGGGCCUGGCCGUGCUGGGCAUCUUCCUGACGGUCGGGGCACACCACGAAGAGAUGGCCAAGGUGUGCAACCUCCUGCCCUUCAUCAGCCACAAGGGGCAGGCCAUCACCAUGACCGACGUGGUGCACCCUGAAGCCUUCCUGCCCAAGAACGGCACCUACUGGACAUACGGCGGCUCCCUCACCACGCCGCCCUGCUACGAGUCCGUCACCUGGAUCGUCUUCGAGCAGCCCAUCCAGGUGUCGGAGGCGCAGCUGCAGGCCUUCAGGUCGAUGAAAUCCUUCCACCCGUGCGAGAGCUGCCCACAAGACGAGCUCGCGGGAGAACUCGUGGAGAACUACCGCCCGCCCUGCCCGCUGUGUGACCGUGAGGUGCGGAAGUUUAACGACAAGGGCGAGGAGGAGUAAGACGCUGGGGAUAAAGAAGAACAGGAGAAGGAGAAGGAUGAAUGGGAAGGAGAAGAGUGAUAAGAAGGGGCAGAAGGAGAGGAGUUUAAAGAGAAGAGCGAAUUCAUGCCCAAGAGAAAAGGGAUGAAAUAAAAGAGAAAAGGGAUAAAAUAACGAGAAAAUAAAUGUAGUAAAAGAAAGAAAAUACAGAAAAAGACGGAAAAUAAUGGUGAAGAAGUAGAAAUAUUAUAGCGAAGAGGAGAGAAACGAGGAUAAGGAAGAAGAAGAAGAAGAAGAAGAAGAAGAAGUUUGUGAGAAAAAAUAGUCAUGUCGCUAAGCAAUAAUAAAGGAAAGGAUGGAGGGGAAAAGGAGGGAAGAAGAGGAAGAAGGAAAAAGGGAGGAAAGUUGCUCCAUCCUUCUCUCCAAUCCCUCCUUUCCCUCCAAGCCUUCCCUCAACCUGCUGGACGCUGUGUCGCUGUUGUUGUUGUCGUUGUCGUUCUACAAAGUUGUUUGCGACGCAGCAGAAACGUAAUAAGUGUGUGUGUGUUUGUGUGUGUGUGUUUGUGUGUGUGUGUGUGUGUGUGUGUGUGUGUGUGUGU